AUGGCUGUCGAGCUACAAAACUCCAAGACUGACAACCUUGUCGAAAAGCACUCGGGCGUGAGUGAAGGCGCCGCCGCAGUCCCUGUUGAUGCUAAGCAAGCCGGUGCUAUUGCCGAUGGCGAUGGAGAUGGCGAUGCUCCUACCCCCAAGCCAAUGCGGAAACCCGCAGCUUUCUGGCUCGUCUUCGUCAGUCUGUGCCUGUCGGCCUUUACGGCCAAUCUGAACGCGACGAUUCUCACCACAGUGAUCCCGCUCAUCGUCCGGGACCUCGACGCCGGCUCGAACUAUAUUUGGAUCAACGCUUCGUUCUCCAUCGCCGCUGCCGCCAUCCAGCCCUUGUGCGGUCAACUUGCGAACAUCUACGGGAGGCGAUAUCCUAUGCUAGUCUCCGUAGCCACUUUCACCUUGGGAAGCGGCAUCAGCGGCGGGGCCACCAGCUUGGCCAUGCUGAUAGGAGGUAGAACAGUCCAAGGGCUGGGCGCGGGCGGCGUGAUUCUGUUAAUGGAGGUCAUCAUUAGCGACCUUCUUCCGCAGCGGGAGCGAGCACAGUAUUUAGGCGUGGUCUUGUCGACCGGCAGCCUUGCGGUCCUCAUCGGACCCACCAUUGGUGGUGCAUUUGCGUCAGAUGGGACGUGGCGGUGGUGCUUCUACAUCAGUGUGCCGAUUGGCGGAGUGGGAUUCAUCAUCGCUGCCUUCUUCCUUCGACUCAAAAGUCCGAAACACGAGACAUGGACAAAGGCAGUCGCUCGCAUUGAUUUCGUGGGCAACACCAUCUUUAUAGCGUCAACAUGCUCGAUUCUCGUGGGCCUCAUCAUGGGGGGUCAGCUCUACCCUUGGUCUUCCUUCCACGUCAUCGUUCCCAUCGUCCUUGGAGGCGUCGGGUGGCUUCUUUUUGCAGCACACCAGGCCUCGGGUCUAGUCAAAGAACCCACGAUGCCGCCACGGCUCUUCUCUAACCGCACGGCUUUUAUCGGCUUUGUCAACAACUUCAUCUCGUCCAUGCUCCUCGAGUGGACAGUGUACUAUCUACCCUACUACUUCCAAACGCUCAGGGGCUCCUCUCAACUCAUAUCCUCUGUUCAGGUGCUUCCUUUCAACGCUUUUCUCGUGCCUAGUGCGAUCGUCAAUGGAGUGAUCCUCGGAAAGACGGGGAAGUACAAGCCGCUUCACUGGUCAGGUUUCGGAUUCCUCUCGCUUGCAAUGGGCCUCUUCUCGUCCAUGAACGCGUCAACUUCGGCGGUCAAGUGGGUGUUCUGGCAGUUUUUCGGCGCUUUCGGCUUGGGGUCCAUCAUCCUAUCUAUCCUGCCCGGCAUCCAGGCUUCGCUCCCAGAACGUGAUGUAGCGGCGGCAACCGGCGUCCACGCAUUCUUGCGGUCGUUUGGCUUCGUCUGGGGGUUUACAGUGCCCUCCCUUGUCUUCAAUAACGAGGUUAACCAUCACCUGGACAUGGUGCAAGACUCCGAGGUGCGCGCCGCUAUUGCAAGCGGGGACGCAUACGCGCAAGCUCAUGGGCCUUUACUGGACUCACUAACUGGCGCGGUACGCGAGCAGACGAUCGAGUUGUACACAGAAAGCCUCCAAAGUGUUUGGUACGCUGCGUUGGGGUUCAGUUUAGUGGGAUUCUUGCUCGUAUUCGGCGAGAAGAGCAUCAGGUUGAAGGCCACUCUGCAGACAGAGUUUGGACUGGAAGAAGAACAGGCACCUGACGCGAAUCAGUCGAAAGCGUGA